UCUGUUAUGAUAUACAGAGAAUAAGUUAUGGUUAAAUAGAGAGUGGAUGUGAGGCACGGCGAGUAGCUGGUACGUUUGGAGCUUCAAGCUUAAUGGCGCAAGAUGCAGGAAUCCCAAAUGCUGACUGCCACACCGAUUUGGAGGCAGGGAAGAAAGCGCCGGCGGCCAAACAAUGUGAGAUGGCGCGAGGUGUCUCAAUCUCCAGGGUCCGUAUGCAAUUCUGUGGUUUGGACAGCAACAGCUACACGCCGCAGUAUGUGCCGAUCGGCCCGUAUCACGUGAGCUGUUCGUCUGCACGGAUUGAAAAAGAGAAGCUGUGCGGCGUCUCCUUCGUGAAGAGCCUCUCAGACGAAAACACUGAAGGUGGUAUUGCUCGAUUAGUGGAGAAGUUGGAGCCACGAGCGAGGGGGUGUUACGGCGAUGGGGUUGGCCAACUCACGCCGGAGCAGUUCUCCCAUAUGCUGCUGCGCGAUGGGUGUUAUCUGCUUCUUCUGUUCGUGAAUUAUGUGACAGGGGCAUGCGGCAAUGGCGCCCCGACGGCAUCAGGCUGCGACGACAGCGCGGUGGUCCGCGACACCGUCUUCCUUCUUGAGAACCAGAUACCUCUCUUCGUGCUUGAGAAGAUCCACGAGCACGUCACCGGAGGGGCGAGCAUGUCCGUCCUCGAAGAUAUAGCAGUUUCUGUCCAGGAGCUUCUGCAGGCACAGCUCUACAUCAGCAAGAAGCUGCGGCCGGCGCCGCCGCAGUCGUCCCACUUGCUCCACCUGGUGCACGCCUACUUUCAGCCAACCAAUCUGCCGCCGGAAAUGGAUGAGGACACGGCAUGGCUCACAGUCACAGGUCGGUGGCGCCGGGCGAGGGAGUACGUCAGGUGCGGAGGCGUGCGGUUCAAGCGCCGGGCCUUCAUGAACGGCGAGGAGUGGACCGUCCUCGACGUGUGCCUUAAACGAGGCACGCUGUGGAUCCCUCACCUGCGGGUCGACAGCAACACAUGGGCCAUCCUACGUAACCUGAUGGCGCUGGAGGAGCAGAUUACCCGGCGGCCAGUGACUGCGUACUGCAUCUUCAUGUCGCAGGUGGCGGGCACGGUGGAGGACGUGAAGCUGCUGGUUAACGCAGGGAUUGUCGAACACUUCCUGGCGAGUGACGAGCAGGUCGCUCAAGGUUUCGCCAACCUCUGCAUGGGGGUGGUCAUGGACGUUGACAACCUCGACCGGAACUACCUCAAGCCCAUCUGGCACAAGCUGCAGGAGCGCUGCCAGAGCCGUGUGUUUAGAUUCAUCGGAUGGUUCUGCCGUGACCAGCACCUCAUUAUGUCCAUCGUGUUCCUUAUGGCUGUCAUCGUCUUGGUUUGUCAAGUGACGCAGACGUUCUAUGCAGUUACCGGAGGUGGACGAGGACAACGUCCAAAACAGUAGUCUCUCUCUGUGUAAUUAGUUCUGGGAGCAUGAGUCCAUCACAUUCGACAUUUAUCUUACGUCGAGGUCGGUUCAUUGCCCUUUCUAUUUUAUUUUGUGUACGUGCUUCCUUGUUUUGUCCGUUGAAAUAAACCGUAAUCUCA